CCACCCUCCUGACCCGGUCUGUCUGUCGGUGGUGACCCUAGAAACUAGAAUGAACCGAAGCAUUCCUGUGGAGGUUGAUGAAUCAGAACCAUACCCAAGCCAGUUGCUGAAAGCAAUCCCAGAAUAUUCCUUGGAACAGGACUCAGAACCACCUGCUCCAAAUAUAAGGAACAUGGCACCCACCAGCUUGUCUGCCCUCCAAACCCCUUACUGUUCCUCAGGAGACUUUACUUGGGCUCACCCACCCCUGAAACUUGCAAAUCACCAGUGGCCUGUGUCUGAGCAGGCCACCUGCCUGCGCAAUAAAGUCCUGGAGGAGAGUGAAGACAGCUUCUGUAGGAGACACCCAGACCCGGGCAAAGAUUUUCCCUUGGGCCCCUCUGCAGCCAGUGAGCCUGAGUCUGAGUCUGUGGUUGGACCCCUCCUCCCAGAGCAUCAGUUUUCAUUUACGGAAAAACGUAAUCAAUGGCUGGGAUCUCAGCUUUCAGCAGCUUCUCCUGACACUGGCCAUAACUCAGACAAAUCAGACCAAAGUUCGCCUAAUGCCUCCGCGGACUCCUCAGGCAGUAGCCAAGAGACGUUGCAAAGACCCCGGCCCCACAGGAACCCAGGAGCCCCAGAUCUGCCUACUAUAGACACUGGGUAUGACUCUCAGCCCCAGGAUGUCCUGGGCAUCAGGCAGCUGGAAAGACCUCUGCCCCUCACCUCCGUGUGUUACCCCCAGGACCUCCCCAGACCUCUCAGAUCCAGAGAGUUCCAUCAGUUUGAACCUCAGAGGUAUCCAGCGUGUGCACAGAUGCUGCCUCCCAACCCUUCCCCACAUGCUCAGUGGAACUAUUAUUACCAUUGUCCUGGGGGUCCCGACCACCAGGUGCCAUAUGGCCACGACUACCCUCGAGCAGCCUACCAGCAAGUGAUCCAGCCGGCUGUACCUGGGCAGCCCCUACCUGGAGCCACCAUGAGAGGCCUUCAUCCUGUGCAGAAGGUCAUCCUGAAUUAUCCCAGCCCUCGGGACCAAGAAGAGAGGCCAGCACAAAGGGACUACUCCUCCCCAGGGCCCCCGAGGGACCAAUUGUAUAACCAGACACCUAAGAGAGCUGGAGCUCUUGAGGAGUCCUUGGAGCGUCCUGCAGAUUUGAGACCGCAGGGUCCCCAGGCUCCAUCUCCAGCUGGUAUCCCUAGACCCUCCAGUAUCCCUCCAGUCAGAGGAACUCUGAAAACAAGCAAUUUGCCAGAAGAAUUGCGGAAAGUCUUUAUUACGUAUUCUCUGGACACAGCCACGGAGGUGGUGAAAUUCGUGAAUUUUUUGUUGGUAAAUGGCUUUCAAACUGCAAUUGACAUAUUUGAGGAUAGAAUCCGUGGCAUUGAUAUCAUUAAAUGGAUGGAGCGCUACCUUAGGGAUAAGACAGUGAUGAUAAUCAUAGCAAUCAGCCCCAAAUACAAACAGGAUGUGGAAGGUGCUGAGUCGCAGCUGGACGAUGAUGAGCAUGGCUUACAUACUAAAUACAUCCAUCGAAUGAUGCAGAUUGAGUUCAUAAAACAAGGAAGCAUGAAUUUCAGAUUCAUCCCUGUGCUCUUUCCAAAUGCUAAGAAGGAACAUGUGCCCACCUGGCUUCAGAACACUCAUGUCUACAGCUGGCCCAAGAAUAAGAAAAACAUCCUGCUGCGGCUGCUGAGAGAAGAAGAGUAUGUGGCUCCUCCCCGGGGGCCUCUGCCCACCCUUCAGGUGGUACCUUUGUGACACUUCCAGCCCUAGAUCACUGGGGCCCUGGUCUCACAAUGUUCCUCUGGCAGAGGCUGAUGGGUAGCACUCAUGACUAUUUGUUUCUCAGUCCCUCUGUGAGGGGGCUACACCCCUCGAAAACCUGUUAUGCAAAGUACUCUUUCUCCUGAGACUUCUACAGAGCCUGUUUUUGAAGUGGAGGUAGUGGCUGCCUUGCACUCCCUGCUGCUGAGACUCACUUCAGGAGCUGAUGUCCAGUGUGUUCCUCCUAACAGUCUGUAGUGUCCAUUCCAGGCCUCUCCAUGCUUAGCAAAUAGAUAAUAUAAAUGAUGUUGCAAUAAAUGUAAAGGAGCACAAACACUCUCCUGUCACUUAAGGCUAGUUUUAUGAGUUAGCCAGAUACUUGGGUGUCCGUAGACCAAACGGAUUUGUGUACAAAUAAAAUGUUUACUUUUUUGUAAGAUUGUGUUUCACUUAUCUCAAAGGAGAUAGAUAUUAAUUUAUAAUGAUACGGGCAGUUACUUCCAGAGACAUUAACAAAGCUGCUUACGGGUAAUACUAGAUAAAUGUAACAGACUACUGUGUAUUAAAAGAUUAAAAUCAGAUAGUUAAACAACCCUUUUAACAUAAUCUCAAAAGCUUUAUUCUUGCAGUAGAGCUUUUUAACAAAACAACUUUGUACAGCACACAACCAUGAUUCUAAAUAGGAUGAUCAUAGUUCUUAGGAUCUGAGUAUACGUGUGAAAAUGUUUGUGUGUACAUAUGUAGUGACAGAGGGUAUAUGAUGCAGGCUAGAAUUGUGGUUUGGGAGAUCUAGUCUUGGGCCUACUACUAACUAGCUGUGUGACUGUCAGCAAAUUCUUUCACUUUUGUGACUCGGGUACUCAUUUAUAAAAUGACACAGACAAAAGUGUCCCUAACGACCCUAAGAGGUUUAAGGUAUAGGACCUAAAUUCUAAAUACUCUUUUCAGGAUUGUUGAGUUUUCAUUUUCAUAAUUAUAGCUCCAGGAGAUAAAAUUACAUUGUUCUUAACAGGGACAUUUUAUUCUUUUUAAAAAAAAAAUCUUUAAUAACUCUCUCAGAUUAAUAAUUUUGGAAAAUAUAUUUUAUAUCUAUCUUUCUCAUCUGAUCUCAAAAAAAAUACCCACACUCAUAUAAAAUAUGUACGUAUGUAUACAAAAUAUGCAUAAACUAUAGAACAAGGUGGGAUGCCUUUCAUUGAAGCCCAAGAUGGUAGUCCACUAUGAAGACUUUUUGGAGGUGAAAGCUACUGCUUCCCCUUAUCUGUCCACCUAACUAACCUUUUAAACAAGGCUCAACUGUGCUAUGAGAUAGUUCAACCCUUACAUGCCACUAUAGGGAAAAGACAAAUACUUAUGAACUAUGGAUAAGAAACUUCGCCAAUAAUUAUAAAGAACACUAGUUUCAUUUACUUCAUAGCCUCGAUGUCUACUGGGUAAGGUGAAUGUCUUUGUUUUUAAAAAAUAAGAAAAGAAAAGGCAAGCUAGCACACCUUAAGCAGUCAUUUAUGAGACUAUGACAAGUACCUUUAUCUCUAUAGUAUUGAGAACUGGUAGAACUGACUUUCUUGUUUGAUUAACUUGAAAUGCCUGGUAAACACCGUAAAUGCAAAUUUCAAGUCUUUUUUUCUUUCUUUUUAUUAUUUUUUUGGAUCUGAGAUAACACCAUCAUUAAGGAUUCAACACACAGUUGUAAAUAAAAUGACAUUAGCAAUUAUUACUCAAAAAUGUUUCUGGCUUACAAAGGUUUCAGUCCUCAAACACUCAUUACUUUCACUCUUCCUACCCCAGGUGAAUGAUGAGAGAAGGUCCCUGGUGUUCCACAAAUAGUCAUCAAAAUUUUAUAGCUGGUGGUACUGGUAGAAAAAAGCAAAAAAACCCUACACACACAACCACCUGGCCAAGUGAUGAAAGUUUAGCUCCUGAAGUUUCUAUGAAAUCUGAUGACCAAGAACGUAAAGGAAUUUUAACAGCUAUUUUAAAGCACUGACACUAAGAUUAACACUUGGUUUAUCUGGACGUUAUCUUGGUCCCCAUGA